UCCAGGUCUUUUUCAUAUAUAUUAAAGAAUCCUUUUGAUAAAGGCAUGACUCGUCUUAAUCCAGAACGACGAUUAAUUGAAAUAUAUGGAUCGGAUGCAGAAACAUUCCUUCAAAACAUGACAUCUAAUAGUAUUCCAUCAGCUGGACCUGAUAAUGGUGUUUUUUCUGGUUUUUUUUUGCCACAAGUAUGGUUUUUAUAGGAUGUUUAAGAACCGGCUAAUCAUCAGGGACGAAUCUUGUGUGAUGUUUUUAUAUAUUCAAUAGCACAUAAUUCUAUAUGGAGAAGAAGUAGAAAUAUAUCGGAAGAUAAGAAUUAUAAAGCUUUUUUUAUUGAAUGUGAUGCACGGAGUGUAAAAAAUCUUCUUGAUCACAUGAAACAUUAUAAACUUCGUUCAAGAAUAUCAUUAGAAUUGGUAGAUAAAGAUGAAUGGAGUAUUUGGUCUUCAUGGGGUAUAAAUGAGAAGAAUGAAUGUAAAAAAGAAGAAUCGAUUGGUUGUUAUGAUUGUCGAGCACCAGGAAUGGGGAGGAGAGAUAUUCUACCAUAUAAUAUUAAACCAAAAUUUGAAUUGGAAGAAGUUCCAUUGGAAAAUUAUAAAAUAAAGAGAUAUCUUUUGGGUGUUCCAGAAGGGGCAGAUGAUAUUUUUGAAAAUAAAGCAUUUCCUAUAGAAAGUUGUUUAGAUUAUAUGGGAGGAAUAAAUUUUUAUAAAGGAUGUUAUAUUGGUCAAGAACUUACAACAAGAAUUUAUCAUACAGGUGUUGUAAGAAAACGAAUUGUUCCUAUUUCAUUUUAUAAUCCAAACGAUUCACCGCCAUCUAUACUUGAAUACAAUCCAUCUCUAAAGUUUUGUUUUCCUGUACAAGCUACUACUAUUGUAAGAGAAGAUUCUAGAGAAAAAAGUGUGGGUAAAUUUUGUUCAGGAAUUGGUAAUAUUGGAUUAGGACUUAUGCGUCUUGAUAAUGUAUUCAAUCAAUCUGAACAAGAUAAAUACAUUAUUCAUCAUAUUGAUCAUAACAAUAAUAAUCAUAUUAUUGGCGUUAAACCAUUUCAUCCAUGGUGGUCUAAAAAACAUAUCAAACAAUAAAACAAUAUUUUUUUCAAACAUA